AUGAAACCUCACCGCCUACCUAAGCGAGAAUGUCAUGGUGACAAGCGCCAAGGUACAGCAAUCCAGUCGGCGGCUAAGAGAAUACUGCCGUACAAAUUUACUGUGCGAGUGCUGGCACUGUGCGUUUGUACCGACGAAUGUGAUCUAGUGUUGACGAGGCGGUCAGUGACGGUCCCCACACGGUUGGCCCAUGCAACCGCUGCCCUUAUUACGCCUGGUGCAGGUGCAACCUUGCCAGAGCUGUCUCCUACCCCAGCACCUGCGAACCGAUCACGACCAAAAAAAUCCUCCAUCCUGCACUCAACGCAAGCACCGGUGCGACCAAGUUCCUUGCACCAUUUCCACGCAUCAAUCGAGGAAGAACAGCGUGGGCUCCCUGUUUUGCAAGCUUCGACCAAGCGUCCAUCAACUUUCGUUUUGCAUCAAACGACCGGCUCCACGCGCCGAGAUAGCCAGCCGCCUCACCAAACGGCUCGAGCGCCACGAGCAUCACAAAUCACAAUCAUGCCUUCGAGAUCCAAGGCGCCGGCCUCUCAAGCCUCGACGAAGAAGACGGCCGCCGCCAAGUCCUCGGGAAAAGCCGCCAAGACGGCCGAUGGCAAGGCGAGCGCCGCGAAGCCGACGGUGAACGGGUCCGGGUCGAAGAAGCGCAAGGCCGACGACGCCGCCUCCGAACCUGAUUCGAAGCUCGAGAACCGCCAGUUGAAGAAGACGAAGACGGCGGUGGCGCCCAAAAAAUCUGCACCAAAGAGGACCCAGGUCGCCAUUGGCAAGAAAAUCAACAACGGCCCGACGCAGGCGCUCGACGUCUACGUCUUCGGAGAGGGUACGUCGGGCGAGCUUGGCCUCGGCAGCAGGCGCGUCAACGGAAAGAAACCGAUCGACGUUAAGCGUCCUCGACUCAACGACGGUCUGUCUGCCGAGUCUGUCGGCAUCGUCCAGGUCGCCUGCGGAGGCAUGCACGCCGCCGCCCUCACCCGCGACAACAAAAUCCUCACCUGGGGCGUCAAUGACCAAGGAGCGCUGGGCCGGGACACCACCUGGGAUGGCGGUCUCCGCGACAUGGGCAAGGAGGAUGAUUCCGAUUCCGAAGACGACGACGACACCGGCAUCAACCCCAAGGAAAGCACGCCGACGGCCGUCUCCGCCGACCAUUUCGCGCCCGGCACCAAGUUUUCCCAGGUCGUGGCCAGCGACAGCGCGACCUUUGCCCUGACCGAAGACGGACGAGUCUACGGCUGGGGCACCUUCCGGUCGAGCGACGGCAUUCUCGGCUUCACCGACAAGGUCAAGGUCCAGAACACGCCGGCGCUUCUGCCGUCGUUGAAAAACAUCAAGACCCUCUCGGCCGGAUCGAACCACGUCUUGGCCCUCGACCACAACGGAAACGUCGUCGCCUGGGGCUGCGGUCAGCAGAACCAACUCGGCCGCCGCAUCAUCGAGCGCAACAAGCUCUCGUCCCUGAUCCCCCAAGGCAUCGGUCUGCCCCGCGGAAAGAUUGCCAAGAUUGCCUGCGGCGCCUACCACAGCUUCGCGCUCGACAAGGAGGGCAAGGUCUGGGGCUGGGGUUUGAACAACUUUGGCGAGCUCGGGGUGCAGGGCAACGCGGGCGAGGAUGACGCCGUCGUUCUCAAGCCGGCCAAGAUCACCUACCUGGAGGAGCACAACAUCACCGAUAUCGACGGCGGCGUUCAUCACUCCCUCGCAUGCUCCGACAAGGGGGAUCUCUUCACCUGGGGGCGCGUCGACGGAUACCAGGUCGGCUUUGAGUUUGACGACCUCGAGAAGGAGGACGUCGUCUUUGACGAGAGGGAGAAUCCCCGCAUUCUCGUGAAGCCGACGAAGCAAGACGAAGUGGCCAACGUCAUCCACGUCGCCGCCGGCACCGACAACAGCUUCGCCGUCACCCGCGAAGGCCAGGUCUACUCCUGGGGCUUCUCGGCCAACUACCAGACCGGCCAGGGCACGAUCGAGGACAUUCAGACGCCUACCCUCAUUGACAACACGGCCAUCCGCGGCAAGAAGAUGCUCACCGCAGGCGCCGGCGGACAGUUUUCCAUCCUCACCGGGUUGCCCGAUGGCGGAGUCAAGAUGAACGGCGUGAACGGUGUGAACGGUGUGAACGGCGUCAACGGCGUCAACGGCGCCUGA